UUUGAACAGUACAUUACAUCACUGUUUAAAAUUGCGCAAUAAGAGGCGCGCCUCUGCGCAAUUCUUGCAAAAAACGCCUCAAGGCGUGCGCAAUUGCGGGCUGUGGUGAGGCGUACGCCUCACGUAGGCUGAGGCGCGCCUCUGUUGCGCAAUUGCGCAAUCUUCAAAUCUGGAGGUUAAGCUUGGUCUAUAUCACUGUAUGGAAAGAUUAAUACCGGAGCAGGCAGAUAGGGAGCUUGCAGAUUUACAGCUUGUUCUGUUCCGGAAUAAAGAGGAUUUUUUUGGUUUGAAUGCAGCAAAAGCAACCAUUUCUAAACGGUCUCCAGUUGAAUGGUGGAUCCAAUUUGGUGAUUCCACCCCUGAGCUACAGAGUUUUGCUGUGAGAGUGUUGGGCCUCACUUGUUCUUCUUCUGGGUGUGAGCGAAAUUGGAGUACAUAUAGUCAAGUGCAAACAAAGAGAAGAAAUCAACUAUCUACACUCAGAAUGAACUCCCUCGUAUACAUAAUGCACAACAAGAGGUUAAGAGAUAGGAGGUUGAGGAAUAAGGGGUUGAAAGAUGAUGAAGACCCGUUGGUGUGUGAUGAUCUGUCGUCUGAUAAUGAGUGGUUCAUAGAUGAUGAGGCAGAUUUGUCAUUAUCAGACUUACAGGUAGAAGAUCUAAAUGUGGAUGUAUUGAGGGGCGAAGCAGAUCAAACGGGUACAUCCACUAGUACCACACCACACACAUCUACUAGCUCUGCAAGUAAAGGUAUAUGUUCUCUGCCAGUCUGCCUGAUAAUGAGUGGUUCAUCCAAUUAAUAUGCUAAUAAUCUCCUCUUUUAAUGAACAGGGAAGAGAAA